UUCAGCAGCGGAUUCUCUGAGAAUAUAACGACAUAAAAUGCUAGUCCCACCGCUUCGCCCAUUAGCUACUUUAAACCUAGAACCGAACAUCCGAUCGCGAUUGCACAAUGCCGGCUACCGCACGACUGCGGACUUGGGGAACGUUACCGCUGAAGCUCUUGCGCAAGAACUCGGAGUACCAUUACACCAAGCAAACUCGGUAGUUCAGCAGCUGAACAAGGAUACAGUCGUGUCAAUCUCCGCAUUAGAAGCUCUAGCGCGAGAACGUCGCCGAUUGUCUAUAAGUACAUUCUCGAAGGCGUUUGACAGUAUGCUGGGUGGGUCGGGCGUUCCCACUGGACGAGUCACAGAAAUAUGCGGAGCACCGGGGAUGGGAAAGACGCAACUCGGUAUGCAGCUAUGUGUUAAUGUACAGAUUCCGAUAUCCUGCGGCGGGGCCGAAGGAGAAGCGAUCUAUAUUGAUACAGAGGGAAGCUUUGUAGUUGAACGGGUUGCAGAGAUUGCUCGGGCGACAUACAGAUCCGUGGGCGGCAGUGAGGAAAACGAGAAAGAGCAAGUCGAUGAGUACCUCUCCCGAAUACAUUAUUUCCGAAUACACGGAUACUUGGAGCAAAUAGCUCUGAUCAAUCAAAUGGAUCAGUUCCUGAAGAAGCAUCCAAACGUUAAGCUCAUGGUAAUCGACAGUAUAGCAUUCCAUUUUCGUCAAAAUUUCACAGAUAUGGGAUUACGAACCCGACUGUUGAAUGGGAUGGCUCAAAAUUUUCGGCGAUUUGCGGAUAUGUCCGAUAUGGCUGUCGUGCUCAUGAAUCAAAUGACGACACGGAUUACUCGCGGAGAGCAGUCAAAUAACAAUACGGCAACGCUUGUCCCUGCCUUGGGUGAUAGUUGGGGACAUGCAAGCACCAACCGCAUAAUUCUCUUCUGGCAACGAGAAUUGCGGCAUGCAAUGAUAGUCAAAUCUCCUAACCUCCAGCAGCGUACCAUUCAGUACGCAGUCACGGGAGACGGAAUUCGCGACCCUCCAACAACCAACCCUACUCCAAACAAUCCCCGAAAGAGGCCGUUAGAUGAAUGAUGCUUAAACAUCAAUUAUAAUCCGGAUGGACGACGGCUCAAUUACAAAAUGUCAUUUCCCGAAUCAGUGCCAUAAGACUGCUGCGGGCGUUCCUAUGGAGCUAUUAACUGACCUAUCGACGACACUACGUUAUUGGGAAGAAGCACUGUUUCCACACCCUAACUGAGCUCAACUGUCCAACUCUCAAUUUACUAUUUAACGGCGAGGUGAUCUCGAGCGACGCCGCGGUGAUGGGGAACGGCGACGAGGAGACACAGAUCGGCGUCGCGAUGAUCUGUCCGACCGACGCUGGGGGCUUCCGGAUCGCUCCUGCUCAUGUUGUCCUUAUAGUCUGCGGGGGUUUGCACCAGAGAUAUAACUUGUCUUACCUCCUUCACACUUAGAGUCUGGCCUUCGUAGUCAUAGUCUUGGAACAUGCGCAUAGCCUCCUCCAUAUCCGAUAGAUUGGAAAACUCCACGAUACUAAGUUGGCAAUUCAGUACACACCUUUGUAAAUACAUGAACCAUGAUCAUGCUCACCC